CGUAGCUGCCGUUCAUCAUUCGCUUUGAUUGGUAUUUCCAAUAAAAAAACCCAUUGCAUUUUGACACAUCGAGUGCGGUUGAUUUCAGUGGGUGGCCUAAAAGGUAUGGAAUAGUGAGUGGACAUUUUUCGUGCUUCUUUAUCAUUGAAAGGCAGAUGGUGCAGAUUGUGAAAGUCGUAAUCAGCCGCUAACCGAGAACUCCCCUCACCUGCUCACCUCAUCGGUCACAUGCACCAAUUCCACAGCUACUUUAAUUUUUAAUUUUUGUGAAAUUCUCCAGUUUUAUUCCUGCUUUUUGUGGAAAGAAUUUUCGCUCCUAUGAAUCGAUUUAGGCGCAAUGGUCUUACAUAAAUGGAAGCUAGAAUUAGGAUAGUAAUAUUUGAUAUAAUAUGCUACCUCAAUUCCAUAUCUAAAUCAAUUGCUUCAUUGAUUGAUCUGCAUAACAAAAAAGUCUAGGCUUCUUUCUCAAUGCUCUGAAUUAAUAUUGUCUAAAGACUGUUCAUACUGCCACAAACUCUUCUUAUCAGCAGCCCAUGUCUUAGCGCAGAGUCAACAAACGCAAUUAAGAAAAGAAUAAUUUAAACUCUGAGACAGCUGAUAAGAAAAAGAUCAACGAAACAAUGCAGACACACACCACUCCAUUCAUUAUUCUUUCCAUGAGUGUAUGCCAUACACAAGCUGGCGAUUUGUAUUUGAAUAACUUUUUUACUAAAUAAGAAAACUGAUUUGGAGUGAUGAAAAGCUUUAUUUUAAACUUCCCGUGCUCCUUUGCUUGCCUGUUUGUAUGCUGCAGCUGUGUAAUUCACGAGUGUCAAAUACACUUGAAGCACGGCGCCAUUUGCAAAAAUUAUAAAUCUUCCAAUAGGUUCACUCGCAGUACCACGAAGAGCAGUACCACUUAAGAGCCCACUGACCGAACGAGCCGCUUCUACAAAGCUCAUAUUAAGUUUAAGCCUGUUGCCGGUCAUCUGUGAUACACGAGUUUUGCCAGCAAAAUGGCGCCGCAGCCAACUUAUUGGAAAGUGCUGACACGCCGGAAAAUUUUACAAGCCGAGGGUGUGGAGGGCGACACCAAGCUUAAUCGUGUGCUCGGUCUAUUCGAUCUCACCACUUUGGGAGUUGGUUCGACAUUGGGUGCCGGCGUCUAUGUGUUAGCCGGCCAAAUAGCGCGCGAUCAAGCGGGCCCAUCUGUGAUGCUGUCCUUCGCGAUUGCCGCUUUGGCAUCUUUACUAGCUGGCAUCUGCUACGCGGAGUUUGGUGCGCGUGUACCCAAGGCCGGUUCCGCCUAUGUAUACAGCUAUGUUUGCAUAGGCGAGUUUGUUGCCUUUGUGAUCGGCUGGAAUCUGAUGUUGGAGUAUAUUAUUGGCACGGCGAGCGUUUGUCGCGGUAUAAGCCUCUACUUGGACACUUUAAUAAAUGAUGCGCUUAAAAACACCUUUGCCGAGAUAGCGCCGAUUAAUGUCAGUUUCUUGGGGAGCUAUUUCGACUUCUUCGCCUUCGGACUAGUCAUCAUAUUUGGUGUGGCCUUGGCUUUUGGCGUAGAGACUUCGGCUUUUGCGAACAAUUUCUGUACGAGCCUUAAUAUUUUUAUACUGAUGUUUGUGAUUGUAGCUGGUGCAAUCAAAGCCAACUUCGCGAACUGGUCUAUUGAUCCGCAGACCGUUAAUGCCACUAUCGUAACAAAUGACAUCGGGUCCGGUGGUUUCUUCCCGUUCGGGUUUGCGGGUACUCUAAAAGGUGCUGCGACCUGCUUCUUUGGAUUUGUCGGUUUCGACUGCAUCGCCACCACCGGCGAAGAGGUGCGCAAUCCACGCCGGAACAUACCGCGUUCCAUUUUGCUCUCGCUCUUGAUAAUUUUUCUUUGCUAUUUCGGCGUCUCAACGGUGCUCACACUCAUGGUGCCUUAUUACGAGCAAGAUGCAAAUGCUCCGCUUCCGUUCGCCUUCAAGCAAGUCGGAUGGACAUUUGCCAUGUGGGUGGUGGCUAUUGGUGGCCUCAUCGGCUUAUUUGCCAGCUUAUUCGGCGCUUUGUUUCCAUUGCCUCGAGUCAUGUACUCCAUGGCUGAAGACGGAUUGCUGUUUCGCUUUUUAGGCAAGAUCAGUCCACGCUUUCGUGUGCCGGUGCAUGGUUCCAUCUUUGCCGCAUUGUUCACAUCUUUAAUGGCAGGAUUGUUUAGCCUCCAACAGCUAGUCAGUCUUUUGUCAAUCGGUACAUUGCUGGCUUACAGCGUUGUAGCCAUUUCAGUAACUAUUCUCAGGUAUAUGGACUCCUCAGAUGGUGCGGAUUGUGAAAGUGGUAAUCAGCCGCUAAGCGAAAACUCCAUGCUCACCUCAUCAGGCACACGCAUCACUUUCAAAGAUGUUCUUCUGCAGUUGUUUAAUAUCAAGCGGCUAGACACGCCGAACUCUCUGUCGACUAAGAUCGUUGGCUGUUUGCUCACAGUCUUUUGUCUUCUUUCUCUGGGUAUUGGUGUAAUACUCAAAGAGGCUUACGACGCAUUGCUUCACAACCAACUAUGGGCGCUUAUUUUAUUGCCCGUAUUGGUGCUGCUCGCAUUGCUGGUUCUGGUCGCUAUUUGUCUGCAACCACGCGAGCCCGUAGUAAAAACAUUCCGCGUGCCGUUGGUGCCACUCAUACCGGCCGUAAGCGUGUUCAUCAACAUUUACCUAAUGCUACAGCUGGAUGUGAUGACUUGGAUACGAUUCGGUAUAUGGAUGUUGAUUGGCAUACCGAUUUUCAUUGCAUGUUGGUGCAUGUAUGACAUUAGUAAUCCUGCUAAACGAAAUCCAGAGCGUAUCGCCUUUGAACGUGCGUUGAAAGAGAGUGCCCGCAACAACAAGCCGCUCAAUGGUCAUUUGGCUAAGAACCUCAAAUCCAAUGGUGCUUUAAAGAAAUCUAAGAGUGCCAAUGGAAUGGCGAACGGCGCUAACUUCAGUUCGCAAAAUGAGCGAUCGGUAAAGAGUCUGGACGAAAUUAUGAAUAUGAAUGAAGUCAGUGAUGAUUUGAUCGAGAUGAGGCAUCCAAACGGCAAAGUUUUCUAUAUUGAAGAUAAUCGUAGUCAUACAUCUAAGAGUUCAAUGGAAAAGGCAGAUGCCGAUAAAGACGGAUCACGUGAGGAUGAAAAAUCUGUAAUCGCAAUGCUAGACGAUGUAUUGCAGGCUGCGGACACUGGCAUUACAAUCACAUCAAACAUGCCCGAUUAUCGAAAAUUCAGCGUAGACUCGGAGAUGCUGCCCAGCGUCAUUGAGAUGAAUACAGUGGCGACGGUGCAUACCAGCAGCAACUCAUCGGAUGACUUGGAGGCAGUGCCUGAAGUAGAGAGCAAUAAGAGUUCGAACAGCAACAGCCUUAGUGGGGCGACUGAGCGUUUCACCGCCAGCCAGCAGGCCGCACAGCAACUAGUCGAUGAAAUUUUGAAUAGUACACUGCUGAUAGAUGCUUUGGAGCGACACAAGUUUCUUAAUGAAGCAGUGAACCUUCAAUUUUCAGAACCAACCGAAGCGAUGAAAGAUGGAAAAGCCCAAAAAACGCGAGAGUAUCUAACUGAAGGUACUACUGAAAUAACUCAGAAUGAGGCCGUAAAAGUGCAGACAAAUGGUGCAGCGAAACUCACACGCACAAACUCAGAAGCUUCUAUGCUCUCCAUCGAAGAUCCCAUACAUUCGGACCAAUUCAGGAAUAGACUUAGCAAAAUUCUAAUGGGCCCACCUGCACAAGUAUCCACAUACAAACCAGUCAAAGAACCCACACUCAAAGAGCAAACGUUGUCAACAGAUAGUUACUCUCCUCGCCCGCAGCUGAAACACUCUAAAAGUGAAGCUGACGUACGCCAACUUGUGCUCAAAGCUAUUGAAGGCACCGGUGUGGCUAGAUUAGACAGCGAACUGUCCAAGCGCGAGUCAAAUGGCGAGGAUAUACCAAUACCACCAAAAUUCGAUCCAAUACUCUACAAAACAAUCAACAGUCUUCGGCAUAAUAAAGAACGGCCCAGUCUCCAGCGACUAAUGGAGAACGACGAACAGAUACUCGGCCAAAAAGCAGCCAUAGCCGCAAAAGCUGCUGAGCCAACCAAUGAACCAGCGCUACCGUUUAAGCAAAAAUUAGAAGCGGUGCUCAAACGAGGCCCAUCGCAUCGUACGCAAAAGCGCCCGGAACCAAUACCAACACGACGACCCAAGUCGGUAGGACCAAUGUCAGUACAAGAAGAAGCGGAAACUACCCAAACCAAACAGAAUGGCAAGGCGCCCAGGCGAAGCGUGCAGUCGGAAAGCAAUCUCGCCACAAUACCUGCCGAAGGAACGGAGUUGAUUAGUAACGCACGAAGUCUACUGAAACAUGUGCCAAAUGGAACUAUCGAACUGUAUGGAUAGCAGCGGGAAUGCAAUGGUGGGGCAAACCUAUUUACCUGGGCGUAUUUGUAUUUACUUAUUCGUAUGAACUGCAUUUUAGUAUUGUAGUUUUUAAAGAUAUUUAUUGUUGGAAUUUAUUAAACAAAUACUUAUGUAGUUAAAAAUACUAAAGCUCAAACGGCCCAAAGCCCAAAGCUCAAAAGCUUUGUUCUAGUUUACGUAGUAUUUCGUGGGUUGAACCUACUAAUAUGUGUUAUUAAAUAUACAUGUGUGCCUGUGUGUGUGUGCAUGAACAUACAAAGCUAUUGACCAAAUUAAAGCAUGUUUUCAAUAUUAACAACGAUCUUCACAGUAGAGCUCGAAAAAGCUUUCCCAAGAAAUCUAACAAAGUCACAAAAUGGACAAGUUGACAAGCGAAAAAUUUUCUUACAGUUGCAACCUUUGUGGAUAAAUUAAAAUUUCAUGUGAAUAUGUAGCUCUGAUUUGUUAUUUUUAUUUCUUUCGUUUACUAAAAAGAAACUACCAUUAAUGUGCUACUUUCUUCCAUUUUUGCGUGUGUAUGUGUGUAAUAUGUGGAAUAUAACUGAAGCAUGCAGCCAUCGUGGCACUAUGCGCCACAUAAUCGGCGCUUAAGCAAGAAAUAAUAAUAAUGCAAUCAUCGUGAGGAAUAUCGACUUAUUUUGCAUGCAAUGGCACCAAUAUUAGUUGUAAAUUAAUCUAGCAAUAGAAUAUCCCGUUUGGUUUGUAAAAAUUAGAACUAAAAAAUCAGUACUAAAUUCAAGGAAAUUGUUUCAUCAAUAAUAAUUUUAAUAAUUCAGUCACAAAAAAAUAUAUUUCGAUCAACAUAGAGCACAACAUUAACUUCUUAACCAUUUCUACUUGUGUCUGUUUAUAUGUUUGUACACUUUUUCUAACCCCUUCACAGGCUUGUCAAUAUACUUUUUGUAUGGACUACCGAAUAGUUUAAGACAGUUCAAGAGGCAGCGUAACGGUUGGCAAAAACUGAAAUACAGUAACUCA